GUACAAUUCCGCUUUAGAGCACAAAAAGAGUAAAGUUCCACUGUACUUAUCACUAUCAUUAUUAUUAUACUUUACUACUUAAUAUUUGUCUUAUAAAAAAGGUCAGUAUUUUCAAAGAAAGCUUAGUUGUGUGUUUGAAACUAUAGCCCCAGACUCUGUGACAUAUUAAAACAAAACCCAACCAAGUCUCAUAUUAUGAUUCUGGAUCACCACAUAAUGUCAGAAUUGCAGUGACCCAAAGAACAUUAAACUAAACAACUAAAACUGAUAAAUAUAAGAUUGGAAAAAAUGUCUCAAUUACUGCUGUUAAAUUUUGGCACAGGGUCAGAAAACAUUCAAGCAUGGAUCCAUCUUGCCUUGUAUCAUUGUUCAGGCUGGUGGUGCUGUGCAAACUUUGAACCUUAGUACCAACUAAGCAUUGCUUAAACACCACAGCAUAACUGAGUAUCGUCGCUCACCACUUCCAUCCCUCUAUGACCACAGUGUUCCCAUCUUCUGAUGGGACAGACAACACACCUCACAAAGCUCAAAUCAUCACAAACUGGUUUACUGAAAACGACAAUGCGUUCACUGUACUCGAAUGGGCUCCACAGUCACCAGAUCUCAAUCUAAUAAAGCACCUUUGGGAUCUGAUUGAACGGGAGAUUCACAUCACGGAUGUGCAGCUGACAAAUCUGCAGCAACAGUGUGAUGCUGUCAUUUCAAUAUGGACAAAAAUCUCUGCGUAAUGGUUCCGGUUCAAUGUUGAAUCCAUAGCGUGAAGCAUUAAGGCCGAUCUGAGGGCAAAAGGGGAUCCAACCCGACACUAGCAAGGUCUACUUAAAGUGUCCAGCAACGAAACGCUUCCCUCCAAGUAGCAGCCAGACAGAACAGACGAAAACUUUAAAUUUUGUUAAUUUAGGGCAAGGAUAAUAAGGAGAAGGCUUAUAAAAGUACCAAAAGGUAAGGUUAAUCAUAAUGGAGCCACCCACAAGCUACAAAGCUGAAAAGCACCCAUUAGUGGGACAAGAACAGGACAGCGGAGAAGCAGGUAAGGAUGAAGAGAAGGAAAACUCUGACAUACCGAGGAGGACUGGGCAGUCUCAAGUCUACACUGCAACUAGAGACACACUUUUCUCAAAGAAGACAACUGAUGCUGAAGCACAUGUACUGUCACUAGAUUUCAUCUGUGGCAUGAACCCUGCUCUUCCCGUUUUCACUCUGCAAGACCAGGAUGAGCUGGUUUUGCUCUAUGCUGCGGCUCAUGUUGGGAUUAUUUACAAUCACACCUCAAAAUCCCAGCACAUGCUUAAGGGGCACUCCCACUCCAUUUCAUCUAUGUGUGUGAGUGAAGACAGACGCUGGAUUGCAACAGCAGACCGGGGACCAAAUGGCAUGGUGAUCAUAUGGGACUCCUACUCUGGUAUUCCUGUGAACACGUUGUUUGAUUGUCACCCUGACGCCGGUGUCAUAGCAAUAGCGUUUUCAAGCGACACAAAACAUCUGGCAACACUUGGGACCGAAGAAUUUCAACGUGUGUGCAUUUGGGACUGGACCAAUCAAUCAGAACAGCCUCUGUGGUUUACCGAGCUCAAUCCUAAAUAUGGUUUUCAGGAUUACAUCAUGUUUAGGCCGAUGAAUAGCUCUCAGCUGCUCAGCAGCAGUGAAAGUCAUGUAUUAUUCUACAGCAGCGAAAGUGGAAGUCUGCAGUAUACUGACCUGAAGUUCAAGAAGUUCAAUAAGGGAACCAGCGGUGCUGCUGAAUUUACUUCAGUCCGCUCUGAAAAUUUUGGUGUGGCUAAUAUGUCUGUCAGUCGGUCUGUGUUUCACUGGGAAGAGCCUAAGAUCUUAAUAGCCUCUGGAGGGGGUGUUGUUGAGUGGCUUGUGAAAGAAAUCACAGCCAAAGACACGGCCAAUCGAAUCAACCUCCAGCAACAGCAAAUCACUGUUCUGGCCGUCACCGACGGCUGCAUCGUAACUUGCAAUACUGAAAGCCACGUCUGCUUUUACAAUGGCAAAUUCAUCCUGCUCGCUUGGUACACUGAAUUAAAUCUGGAUGCCAUUGUUUCUAUUUCAUUUUCCAAAGAGUGGAAGAGGAGACAGCAGGAGUACAGACUGGAUUACAAACCCUUAAUUACCAGGAACUUCACUGUGACCACUGUCAGUCACAGAGUUGUGCAUGUGAAUGCAGAGAGCCUUAUCACUCGAAUUGUGCUGGACGAGGAUUAUGAGCCUAUACAUGCAGUGACAUGCCACCCCAGUCAGUCAGCUGUGGUCAUUGGCAACCAAGGAGGCAUUUUAGAAAUGUGGGACUAUAGCAGCAAAGUACGCAGUGGUAGAAAGGUCUUUAAGACAGAGAAGCAGAUUCAGUGUGUCACAUUUGACCCUAAAGGAUUAUAUCUGGCUGUUGGUUUUGCCAGUGGAGCUGUUCACAUACUGAAUGCCAGAACCUUAGAGAGUGAACAAGAGGAAGCUUUACAUUACACCAAAGACAGCAUCCAACUCAUCACCUUCUCCUCAGACUCAAAGUAUCUCGCCACUGCGGAUGCCGGAAAAGCAGUGUCAGUGUUUCACUUGAUCACCAAAGAAGGCUCUUCACCUCAAUGGAUGCAUUUAGGUAGGAUCCACUCUCACUACAAGCCCAUCAAAGAUCUUCUUUUCGGGGUUCACCUGGACAGCACCCAACCCAGACUACUCUCUCUGGGAAUGGACCGCCAACUGGUGGAGUACGACCUGGAGAACAGCAGCGUGGACCGGCUCAUCAUCUUAAGCUCGGAGCGCAUUGAGCAAAGCGGUGUGCCAAUGUGCAUGACUUGGCAUCCUCCCCUUACAGCAGAGCAGUUUCUCCUCAUCGUCACAGAUCAAUAUAAGAUGAGGCUUUUCAACAGCACAACAAAGAUGUGCAGAAAGACCCUUCAAGGCCCAACAUAUGGCUCCCCAAUUAAAAAGAUAGUGAUUCUUCCCAAGUCUGAAAGAGCUGAUACAAACUCAUACUACCUGGCGUUCAUCACAGAGGAAAAGUUGGGUCUCCAGAUUCUGCCACUGGAUGGGAACCCCUACAAGUCGAAUGCAUUGAUCUGCCAUUCAGCAGGAGUGUCUGCAUUUGCCUGCUCCUAUGAUGGCAGAUUCAUUUUCACUGCAGGAGGAGCAGACUGCACAGUCCUCUCAUGGGAAAUAAACUUGAAUGUGCUUGAGGCAGCAGCUGCUUUGGGGGGAAAGGACAUAGUACCUUUUUACAGUCUCUUAGAGGGAGGACGAGAUGGCAGGUUCUACAGAGAGAUGGAGGACUUUUUUUAUUACUGCCAAGUCCAUCAUCAAGGCAUGGACUCGAUGGAGAAACGACAAGUGUCUUGCAAAAUCCCCUUGUCAGAGGUUUCCGCUCUCAUGAGAGCUUUGGGGUACUAUCCUACUGAACAAGAGAUAGAAGACAUGCAAAAUGAAGUUAAGUUCAGUAAGUAUGCCGAAACAGGAAAAUAUGUAAAUGACAUUGACCUGGAGGAAUUUAUCAAGCUUUAUGUCAACCACCGGCCGGCCUUCAGCAUCUCUAGCAGUGAUCUGGUUAGAGCUUUUUGGGCCCUUGGGAAUGUUGACAGCACAGGACAGCCCGUCCUACAGAGACAAGAGCUGCUAGAACUUCUACAGGUUCGAGGAGAACACAUGACAGAGGAAGAGGUGGUGGAGUGUUUCACUGCUCUUUUAGGCCUCAAUGAUGUGGAGGAGGAGGACGAGGAAGAAGGAGGGGGACCAUCUGAACCUAAAAGUGGACAUUCAGAGUAUGCACUGGACUCUGUGAUCCCAAGUGAGAUAUCGGUGGAGACAUUCACAGGUCAGAUCCUGGGCUUCACGUCCUCAGCAGAACAGAGCAGAGCAGCAGGUCUUCCCCUCCAGAGUGAUGAACCAAAAAUGUCUGCCUGAGAAUCUGUUUAUGACGAAGUUUUAGCUCUGCUGGUCUGUUUAAAGACCAGCAGUAUUACUGUAACAUGUUAUUAACAGAAGGUAGAGUGUAAUCUGUGUUUGGCUUAAAAUAUACAACAUUAUAUCUUAUACUUAUACAGAAAGUCAGUUAAGCAGUAGAGAAUUUUUUUCUGUUGAUAUUUGAGUGUUUCUGAUGACAAUCGCUUCCACAUGUUAAAUGCAGAAAAUACAUUCUAAUAAAGGAAGAUUUA